AUGCAACGAUUUAAAUAUGACGGACAGGACGUCUUGCAGAUAUUCAGCAUUUCCAACCCAGCACCUCCUCAGCUGGAUGCAUGCGGAGUGAUGGGGUCGGAAGUCUUACAACUUUCUCAAUCGUUCAACGUAAGUACGCCCACCGUGCCCUGCUAUCGAUACCAAGAAGGACCAUAUGACGGUCAGUUACGUUGUCUCGGAAGGGGGAUUGUUUGGGGCCAACAUCACCUGUCUCCAACUCCUCAAAAUAAACAAAUCUCUCAAAAGUUCAUUCCUCCUGUUGGAAUGCAAGGCGGGAAGAUGGGCGGUAGCUCGUUGGCGAACCUCCCGGCAACCAACCACUCAACAACCAACAUGAUGACACUCGUCAGCAACAACAUCAACAAUAACAACAACGGCAACAUUAACAACAACAACAACAACCACAUGUUGAACAGCCCAAACAACGACAACAACAACUCGGCUGUGCAUGGUACCAGCAAAUCAAAAACUCAGCAAACACAAUACCCCGUCACUACUCUCAUAGAGAUUUUAGGAGCCGUAAUUUUUAAGGCAAACGCCACUUUAAAUUUGUGA